AUGGAGAGCUACGGUCGUGCGGAGGAUAUCGACGUCAUUGUAGUGAGCGAUGGCGAACAGAUUCUCGGGAUUGGCGACCAAGGAGUUAUUGGCAUCCUGAUCAGUAUCGCGAAGCUCGUCAUUUAUGCGCUGUGCGCUGGUGUCCAUCCGAAUCGAGUCUUGCCCGUGGUUCUCGACAUUGGAACAGAUAAUAAGGGCCUCAUGGUAGAUGAUCUUUACCUCGAUGUGAAGAAGCCACGGACAAGAGGAGGGGAGUAUGACAAUUUCCUCGAUACGUUUGUGCAAGCUGCGAAGAAGAAGUUCCCGGCUGCGUAUCUUCACUUCGAAGACUUCGGCCUGGCAAAUGUGCGGACCAUCCUUGAUCGAUAUACGCCGCAGAUUGCCUGCUUCAACGACGAUGUGCAAGGAACGGGGUGUGUUACUCUAGCGACCAUACAUGCUGCACUGCAUGUGUCCAGAAUAGACAUUGGAGAUUUGCGGGUUGUAAUGUUCGGAUCUGUGUCUGCGGGGACAGGCAUUGCGGAUCAGAUUCGAGAUGCGAUUUCGGUGGAGAGUGGAAAGUCGAAGGAAGAGGGUGUGAAGCAGAUCUUCUGCGUUGAGAAGCCGGGCUUACUGUUGCAGAGCUAG